AUGAAGACUUUGUACCAGUUAGCCUUUGAAGCGGUUCCCAAUAAGGGCUUGAUGGUGGAAACAUUCCUUGUACCCUGGCACCCGAUCGCACAAGAAUUGCGGGAGCAGCAAUAUAUCGAAGACAGACAUCGGUAUAGGGAACAACAUCGCGUAAACUUCAGGUGUGUAUACGAAGACUUGUGUUUUUAUCGAAACAUGGUUUUCAAACUCAAAAAUUUACCCUAGCAAUGUUGCGUCUUUAGACCGAUUGUGGAAUCGCUGUUUUGGAUUAAAGACUGCACAUGGUUAAGUGUGAAGACCAAAUGCUGUAUGAUUGAACUAUAAAAACGUGUUUUUAAACGCGCAUGUUUAUGUUUAUUUUAGAAAAUGUUUAAAACAACUGCAAGUUCGAAGAUGGGACACCUUUUGCUGUAAAACGGGGUGGGUCGCAACUAAAUCCGCUCGCUAUGGGGAAGACCCAAGAUGCCCGUAA